AUGACAUACGGAGUCCAGAUCUGGUCUAUCAACAGGAGCGGCAAUCAAACUGAGCGAUCAAAAACCAAAGAGCUCAAAGUGACGCAGAACAGAUGCCUACGGAAGGUGACUGGCGCCUAUAGAAGAGCCCUAGUGGCGGCCAUUGAGAGAGAAUCAGGGACACCACCGAUCGACCUUUAUAUGGAGGCAGUGGUGAUGCAGAGAGCAGUCAAAACAGCACAACAUCCAGACGCAGGGCACAUCGACGAGACCAUGGCCAAGGUCUGGGAAUCCACGAAACGCCCGAUGCCGAGAAUCUGGGGAGAGGAAGGCCGCCGAGACAGCGGGAAUGCCAGCCCACCGGGAUCCAGGAGGCCCGAGGUCCUCCAAGGGGUUUCUUCUGUCCGUUGGGAGAUAGUAACAAGUCUCUUGUAA